CUCCGCUUUCCUCCGAGCAGUUUGUGUGUGGUGCACUCCCAUCUCGUUUAGAAUGGCGUUCUUCAAGGUGCUGAGCUGCAUGGCUGUGCUCGCUGUGGCUGCCGUCUCGGCCGCUCCCGGAUACCUGGAGCAGCCCGUGUACGCCCACGCCGUGCACGCCGCGCCGCUGGCCGUGGCCCACCACGAGGCCGAGGACUACCAUGCCCACCCCAAGUACGCUUUCAAGUACGGCGUCCACGACGCGCACACCGGUGACGUGAAGAGCGCCUCCGAGCACCGCGACGGCGACGUGGUCAAGGGCGAGUACUCCCUGCUGCAGCCCGACGGCACCACCCGCACCGUGCACUACACCGCCGACGACCACAACGGCUUCAACGCCGUCGUCACCAACUCCGGCCACGCCGUCCACGCCGAGGUCCACGCCGCCCCCGUCGUCCACCACGCCCCCGUGGUCCACGCGGCGCCCGUCCUCUCCUACGAACACGGCUACAGCCACCUUGAGUCGCCCUACGCCCACUACGCAACCGUUGUCUUCACCCUCGUCGCGCUGACCGUCGCCCUGGCCCACCCAGUGUACGAGGAGGAGCAUGAAGUCUACGCCCACCCCAAGUACUCUUACAAGUACGGCGUCCACGACGCGCACACCGGCGACGUGAAGAGCGCCUCCGAGCACCGCGACGGCGACGUGGUCAAGGGCGAGUACUCCCUGCUGCAGCCCGACGGCAUCGUCCGCACCGUGCACUACACCGCCGACAAGCACAACGGCUUCAACGCCGUCGUCACCAACUCCGGCCACGGCGCGCACCCCGAGGUCCACGGCCACGCCGCCGGCCUCGGUGGCGGCUACGGCGGGCUGUACUAG